AUGAUUUCGGAAAGGGAUGUUCGUGCUAAGGAUCAACAAGAAAAAGGGAAAAUGAUGGUUUCUUUCCGAGAGGAUAAGAAUAUCAUGCAUUCACCUCCAACAAGCUUAAAUAAUGAGAGUACAAUUAUCACUCCCCCUCAAAAAUCCUCCAAUCAAUUAAAUCAAUUACCACCCACAUCACCUUCAAGAAAGAAUCAUUUGAACAUUAGUACCAGUAUUAAUAAUUCAUCACCAUCACCCUCAAAUGCAUCUCAACAAUUCUUGGUCAUUCAACAACAACAAAAAUUGAAGGAAAAGGAUUUAAGCUUGAAAACUAACUCACCUCUUCUUGGAAGUAGUAUUAUUACAUUUGACGAAUUGAUGGAAUUUAUAAAGAAGAUUGUUGCUUUGAGUGACACAAUCAAGGAAACAAAAUUAAAAAAGAAUGGAUCUAUCAUUCAUGUUAGACUUUUAAAUAUUGAGGAUGAAAUAAUUCACUGGGGAAAGGAACUUAUUAAACAAUCCAAUGACAAACAAAUAGGGAAGGCUCUUCAAUUACUGUAUCAACACCUGACAAAGGUUUUCUCUUUGCUAUCAAAAAUUCAAAGAUGUAAAUGGUUCAUUGAUAUGAGAUUUUCGAAAAAAGCUAAAAAAUUAACCGAAGAAUUGGACAAUGUUACAACCAUACUUGGUGUUAGUAUAACCUAUUUCAAAGCUCAAUCAGCUUAUUCAAAUGUGCAUAAAUUAGGAAUUGUGUCUGGAUAUCCAGAUAUAGAUAUUUUCGAUAUGGAUGACAAGAACAAUUUAGCAUUAGCAGCUGAUAGAUUUUAUAUUGGUCAUGGUGUAACUCAGAAUUUUGAAAUGGCUUUUAGAUUAUAUCUUCAUGCGGCACGUUUGGGAGAAGCUCGAUCCCAAUAUGUGGUGGGAACAAUGCUAAUUGAAGGGGUUGGUGUUGAAAAAGAUACAAGACAAGGUGUAAAAUGGACUCUAAAAUCAGCAGCCCAAGAUUAUCCAGAUUCUCUAAAUCAAAUGGGUAUCUUUUAUGAAAAAGGGUUUGUGGUGGAGGAGAAUCCAACUUUUGCUGCAAAAUUCUAUCUAAGAGCUACACAUAUGGCACACUUGGAUGGAAUGACAAAUUAUGCAUCACUGCUCCUCCAUGGAAAUGGGGUUGAAAAGAAUGAACAAAAGGCUGCUUGGUUAUUGAGAAAAGCUUGUGAAAGAAAUUAUGCCAAAGCACAAAAUGAACUAGGUGUCAUGUUUUACAAAGGAUUAGGUAUUGAAGAAAACCCAGAUAAGGCAGUUGAACUGUUUACAUUAAGUGCAGACAGAGGUAAUGUCUAUGCUUUAAAUAAUCUUGGAAUUGCCUACGAAGAAGGAAAGGGAGUAGUUAGAGAUUAUGCUAAGGCCACUCUUUGCUAUGAAAAGUCCUCGAAACUGGGAAACAUAAAUGCACUUAACAAUCUGGGAUACAUCAAGCUGCUUCAAAAGCAAUAUGACGAAGCAUUAGAGCUUCUCCAUCAAGCUGCUGAUAGAGGAAGCAUUGAUGCCAUGUACAAUAUUGGAAAUGUAUACAGGAUAGGACUAGGUGUAAAUGCAGAACCAAGCCUAUCCUUAAAGUUUUUAUAUCGAGCAGCCAACUUGGGCCACCAUAAAGCUCAGAAACUUGUGGGUGAUAUUUUGUAUUCUGGUGUUGGAGAAGCAAUACCUUCCAAUAGAAAAGAAGCUGCCUCGUUUUACUACAAAGCUGCUCUCAAUGGAGAUGCAGAUGCAUGCAACAAUUUGGGAAUAAUGUAUGAGGAUGGAAGUAGUGGCGUUGAAAAGGAUGAAGAAAAGGCAGUUCUAUGGUUCAGAAAAGCAUCUAAUCUUGGUUCAGAUAAUGGAAUGUUCAACUUGGCAGCCAUUUAUGAAAGAAGAAACAAGAAGGAAGAAGCAACAACACUACUCAGAAAAGCAAGCAUGUUAGGAAACAUUAAGGCUAGAGAAAGGGUUGGACCAGUCGCAGAAAUAAUUUAA